UCUCGCCAACACGAUAAAGUUAUGAUUUCACCAUGGCAACAAGGUUUAUCAGGAAACACUGGUAUCAGACGCUGUGGUGGUUGUCGUUAAUACAGCUUUGACAACAAAAGAGAAGACACGAGAAGAGUAUAUUCUGGAUUAAUUCGGUAAAUAAGGUCAAGUAUGGUCACCAUGACUACGGGAACAACUGUGACAUUGACCGUCCUUGUGGCACUGUUCGGAGUAAUUCCCUGCCAGACUACAACAUUAGCGCCAGAAAUUACAACUGAUACGCCAACGGUACCAGAUACUACCGAUGUGAUAAGCACCGAUGCAAGUGCAGUAGUAGAAACUACUGUGGAAGAUCUUCCGAUGUCUUCCGAUGGUUUGACAACGAUCUCGGCUACUGUAUUGCCACCAACGUCGUCGACGUCACCGCCGUCAUCAACGCAAACAUCAGCGCCGCCAUCAACGCAAACAUCAGCGCCGACAUCAACGCAAACAUCAGCGCCGACAUCAACGCAAACAUCAGCGCCGUCAUCAACGCAAACUACAGCUUCACCAUCAGUGCCGUCAUCAGCUCCACCAUCAGCUCCAUCAUCAGCGCCGUCAUCAGCUCCGUCAUCAGUGCCGCCAACAGGGCCGUCAUUAGCUCCAACAUCAGCUCCAUCAUCAGCGCCGUCACCAGCUCCGUCAUCAGUGCCGCCAACAGGGCCGUCAUUAGCUCCAUCAUCAGCUCCACCAUUAACAUCAUCACAGGGCGCUCCAUCCACAACUCCUAGCUCCGCCCCGUCCAACAGUACCGGCAGUGCAGCACCGACUCCACCACCCACGGCCCAAAUGACCACCUCCGGCACGGGGGGUGGUGUCACGCAGCCAGAAACAACAAAGGGCGGGACCACACCCAAAUCUGGAAAGUUUACCUGCACUCAGGGCACCACGACAAAAUCAGAAGAAUUGCAUAAUAUCACCGACACGUGCUCGUCGGAUAUCUGUUGGUUGUUUGUGAACUACACCACUGGGUCAAAAUCGCCUAAACAGAUAACCGUGGGCUGUAAGUCCUACAUUAACAGCAAAAUGACCUGUGAGAAAAACGAAUGUCAGUAUACCGCAGAAAGCUGCCAAUGCUGCUGCAAGGAAAGCAAAUGCAACGAAGACAGCGAACUCGUUGACGAAUGCAAUUCUAAAAAGGCAGCUAUGAGCGCAUCUUGCUCACUGUCCUUACACCUCAUCGGAUUCCUUAGCAUAGUGUUGCUGGGGAAAAUCCUGAUAUAGUGUUGUACGGUGACUGAUGAACGGUAUAUGUGUACAAAAAACAAUAUGUAAAAACAUUUUAAAAACAAAAAAAGAUUUUAUUUGGUCGAACUCGAAUUCAACAUUUUUGAUGUAAAAAUGUAACAACGUAUGAUAUGUGGUAUUGAGGCUAAUAAUUACGAGUGAUUUUUUUACAUCACUGUUGGUCUAAUCAAGAAUGUACAUCAGGGGCGGGUCCAGGAUUAUUUGAAGGGGGAGGGGUCUGCGAAUGCGAAACCCCCCCCCCUCCCCAACCACCACUUGACGUUUGGUAUUAUAGAGGCGAGCGGUGCCAUUGGGUACUGUUUAGAACAAUGAUCCUGCUAGUCAAAAUUCGAAGGGGG